GCAAAAUGUUUGAUUAUUUCUGUAUAUUCACUACAAGUGGGGUUGUUCUUUGGUACAAAGCUUUUGUAGAGAUGAAGUUCGAUCUCAUAAAUCAGCUUAUUAAAGACAUAAUGAUUGAAGAGAAGACUGCUAAGAACCAGUUCAUUUAUAAAGGCAGUAUCAUAAAAUGGAAGGUGGCUAACGAGCUCAAUCUGAUAUUCACUGUCGUUUACAAAGAAGUAUUACACCUUUCUUAUGUAGAUGAUCUUUUAGACUUGAUCAAGUCUGAAUUCUCUAAGAAGAUUUACCCAACUUUGGACUUAGAUUCAGGAAUUUUCCAGAUGUUACCUUCUCAUUUUGAUAAAAAUUUCAAGCAAAUCCAGGCAAAAUGGGAGGCUAAAACCCAAGAUAAGAAAGGACCAAAAAAGAUGAAAACUUUCAAUGAAUCUAAGAAAAAGAAGAAGGCGACUCAGCUCUUAGAUGACGAUAUCGAAGAAGAUGAAAAAGAGGAAGACAACGAGACAAAGGAUGAAUCACAGAUGACCAAAGCUGAACUAGCUAGGAAGAAACUCGAGGAGAGAUUCAGCAAGAAGAAGCCUAAGAAGGGACCCAAGACUCCUAAAUCAAGCGACACUAAGCCUAAAGGAAAGGAAGGCAGAAGUUGGGGCUAUAAGGAUUCUAUCACUCAGGAUGACCUAGCUGCUAUCGACAGAUCCAAGACCUUCAACGACGAUGAUGAAGAAGAGAAGAUCCCACAUGGUGCCUCCAAGUACCUUGAUGAGGAUGACGGAGAUAUGGAUGACUACUGGAGCUCUGAUGAAGAAGACAAAGAAGUUGAAAACAAGGGAGGCCUUUUCUCCCGAUUCACUAAUACACUGAAGACAUUCACUGGGAACAAAGAGCUUACUGAAGAAGACCUCGACCCUAUCAUGGAAGAGUUCAGUAACGGACUCAUGGAGAAGAAUGUUGCUCAAGACAUUGCUGUAUCCUUAUGUGAGAGCAUCAAGAAGUCUUUAAUGAAGACCAAGACAGAGUCUUUCACAACUGUGAAAACAACUGUUAAGAAUGCCUUGAUCGAAUCCCUGAAGAAAAUUCUAACUCCAAAGAGGAAAAUUGAUGUAUUGAAGGAUGCCCUAGCAGCUAAGAAGAGAGGAGAACCAUAUAAGAUAGUGUUCAUAGGAGUAAAUGGAGUUGGAAAAUCAACCACUCUCUCAAAGGUCGGAUACUUCUUGCAGAAAAAGGGAGGCCUCAAUCUUCUCCUUGCAGCUUGUGAUAACUUCAGAGCUGGAGCUGUAGAACAACUUAAGGUUCAUGCUAGAAACCUUCAAGUUCCUAUCCAUGAUAAAGGAUAUAAGGGAGAUCCUGCAUUCAUUGCUCAGGAAGCGAUUACUAAGGCAAAGAAGGCUGGUCAUGAUGUAGUACUCAUUGAUACUGCUGGAAGAAUGCAGGACAACGAGCCCUUGAUGAGAGCCUUAGCCAAACUUGUCCACGUAAAUAAGCCAGACUUAGUUCUGUUCGUGGGAGAAGCACUAGUAGGAAAUGAUGCUACAGACCAGUUGACAAAGUUCAAUCAAGCUUUGAUCGACUACUCCUACCAAGGGAGUGACCCCAGAACAAUCGAUGGAAUUAUUCUAUCCAAAUGUGAUACUGUCGAUGACAAGAUUGGGGCUUCCAUCUCAAUGGUUUACAGUACUGGAAAACCCAUUGUCUUUAUGGGAAUUGGGGAGAAGUACAAGAACCUAAAGAAGAUGAAUAUUAACACUGUGAUUAACGCAUUGCUUUCUUAGGCUAGAGUUACCAGCUGUUUAUUGAUCCAAUAUUUAC